UGAUGCCGUAGUCAAGGAGACCGUAGUAGCAGACAACCAACACUCCGACCUGCCGUCGACAACAAAAUAUACAGGUUUGUCGGAGUGUACUGCUCCGCUUUUCCGCUUCUACGGUGCCUUGGUCAUCCGCGUGGUUUCCUGGGUGACAAGGACGGGUGUUUCUUGAUCGAGAAAAGGCCGGUUGAAAUCUGUGGGGGGAUACGUUCGGUCGCGUAAGUGCGCCCGGGCGUCGCGUUGAAAGCACACGCCAUUCAUGAAGACAGCAUGAAAGAAGAAGUACAGCUGUACGACAAUCGGUUUUUAAUUAUUUAAUAAUGAUUCUUCCCUUCACAAACGGGGAGGCAGCAGUGGCGGUAAUACAGUAGGAGUAGAGAGAGGUGAAGGAGUGAUUGCCAUGACUACGACAGGAGCUCAGUAUGCCCUCGCAGCAUCCACCAGAGCUAAUAACAGUGGGGGUAGCUCUACAUCAGUGGGGGUGGAACCAAAGCCAAGCGUCGUUGUAGUGACUACUUCUAGCUCCAGUGGUAGUGGCAGUGGCGGCGCAGCACAGAGUCAAUCAACAAGGGGGCAACAGCUUAUCACUGUUGUUACUAGUCCUGAUCCUUCUAGUCCAACUAAUUUACAGCCUCUACAGUUAUUCGUUCAGGAUCCACUUGAAACAGCUGCAGAUUCUUCCAACGGCUCAACAGGUACUGCAGCGCAUGUUACAGCACAAGUAGUAGUAAAUACUACUCAUUCAGGACAGCACACCCUCGUCGAUUCUGACGCCGCGUCUACAUCGGCUGGCACUAUCGUCACCGGUUCACCACAUUUUAUAACAGUAACAGGCACCAGUGAUUCACCAUCCUACGCGUCCCUCACAACGGCAGUAGUGGCAGGAGAACCAGAGGCAGUGGGGUCAGAAUCAGUAUCUCAUCCUACCUAUGUUCAGUAUGUUGAAGGGGAUGGCUCCACGUAUAUACCGACAAAUGGACAGAUGACAUAUCCUGUAUACGCCGUUGGAGAAGCAGGUGCAAUGUAUACUCCUGCUUCGAGCCAGUACUAUACUCCAGCAACUACACCAGUAACGUAUGCACAGGUUACUGGUCAAGGUUCAAAUUCUACUACUGGGCAAUUAUUAUCUCAGGGCAAUGGCACGUAUUUAAUUCAACAAAGCGUCGUAGAUGGAGAUCCCACUACACAUGCAUUAAUAUCUGCAGCUGCUGCACGUGCCAGUCCACAAACAGAAAAUGCGGAAACUGUGGUUAGCGGGGGUGGAGGGGCAUACUUGAUCAGCGGUAAUUCAGGGGGUACUACUGUCACCGUGGAAGAUGCUGCAGCAGCAGCAGCAAACAUGACGCAUGCCACUAGAGUUUCACAAGCCACAGUUCAUUGGUUGCUCGAAAAUUACGAAACAGCAGAUGGUGUUUCUCUUCCAAGAUCGACUCUUUACAAUCACUAUUUACGUCAUUGUUCUGAAAAUAAAUUGGAUCCUGUAAACGCUGCAAGUUUUGGAAAAUUAAUACGUUCUGUGUUUUUGGGUUUAAGAACUAGACGAUUAGGCACGAGAGGAAAUUCCAAGUAUCAUUACUAUGGAAUUCGAGUAAAGCCUAGUUCUCCUUUGGUGAUGUUGAAUGAGGAUGGAACACCUCGUCAACAACAAAAUGCAAAUUCACAAACAAAACGAUUCAAAUUUGUGAAUCAAAAACAGGAUGCUACAUAUGAAAAUAAUACACAUUCGAACACAAAUAUUUCUUCGAACACAUCACCGCCGCAGUAUCAUCAGUAUCUUGGAGAAGCGAGUGGUACUAUCCCAGAGUUUCCCGAAAUAAUAGUCGGGCAUGGUUCGUCACUUCCAGAGGAUUGUACGUUAGAAGACAUCGACACUUUUCGUAGUAUAUACAGGGAACACUGCGAAGCCUUUUUAGAUGCUGUACUCAACUUUGAAUUUGCUACUGUAGAAAGCCUUUGGAGAGAAUUUUGGCGUAGUCAAGACAAUAAUAAUGGCGACGAAUGCGAGGAAGAAAAGUACUUAUCAAAGACUAAACUAUAUCAAAUAUGUAAAUGUUCGGAAGUUCAAGAUUUCAUUAGAAAAGUUGAUUAUACAUUUUAUCAAAAUCUGGUUGAGGUAUUAAUGCCUAACGUGCUACGACCUAUUCCAAGUUCAUUAACGCAGUCAAUUAGAAAUUUUGCAAAAGGAUUAGAAUCAUGGUUGACAUCGGCUAUGGCCGAUUGUCCAGAGGAAAUGACUCAGAUAAAGUUGACUGCGGUAUCUGCAUUUGCUCAGACAUUAAGGCGUUAUACAUCAUUGAAUCACCUUGCUCAAGCUGCACGCGCAGUGCUUCAAAAUUCUAGUCAAAUAAAUCAAAUGUUAGCAGAUUUAAACCGUGUUGAUUUUCAUAAUGUACAAGAACAGGCUUCGUGGGUAUGUCAAUGCGAUUAUGCAAUGGUUCAACGUUUGGAAGCAGAUUUUAAAGUGACCCUGCAACAACAAAACUCGUUAGAAGAUUGGGCAAUCUGGUUAAAGAGCGUCGUAACGCAAGUUCUUAAACCUUUCGAAGAGAAACCAACAUUUGCUAAAGCUGCACGUCAAUUUUUGCUCAAAUGGUCAUUUUACAGUUCCAUGGUCAUUCGCGAUUUGACUUUAAGAAGCGCAGCUAGUUUCGGAUCUUUUCAUCUUAUUCGAUUAUUAUACGACGAAUACAUGUUUUAUUUGAUCGAGCAUCAAGUAGCAGUUGCUACAGGAACGACUCCAAUAGCUGUAAUGGGAGACAAAAGUCAAAAUUGUUCUUUAGUUAGUGCGUUUGGUGCAACUUCUAACGGAGACACAUCUAAUACAUGUCAACCAAAGCGUAUGAAAUUAAGCUAACUGCGUGCCUACAUCUUUUAGUUUGGAAGAAAGCCAGUAGCACCUGAUAACGAAACGUUAGCACAAGAGCAUGCAGGCCUAUUGACACACUAGUCCCAUAAAUUAUAAUUUUAUAUAAGAUGAAAUCUUAUUGUACUAUGACUUAACAAAGAAGAUUUUUGCAUAACACCCAGGAUGUAUACAAUCUAUAAUCUAAGUAAGUUUGUGUGAUAUAAUAUGUAGGAACAUGUACUGCAAUCUUGAUUCGUACGAACAUAUGAUUCAAGUAUAAGGUAUCGCUGGCACGAUGUUUAGUACGUUAAUGUAUUGUCUAGUCGAAACAUCUUUGAAAUAUGUAUGGGACCAUGAAUUUGUCAUGCCCUUAUAGUAUUCAGUAUUAAAAGUUUGCUCGACUGAAUUUCUUCUGGUUUCUAAAUUUCAUGGAUAUAGCAUUUCACAUACUUUCAAAUACUUUUCUUAAAUAAAAAGCAAUGAAUUAAAAAAUUUGUUAACAAAUUCUUUAUGCUAUGAAAUAGCUAGAUAUGGAUCAAUUUUAGUAGCAGAUUAACAAGAAUAUAGUCGAGCGAGCUUGAAAUAGUAAAUAUUAAUUUGUGCAAAAGAAAAUAGUCUGAGAUCGAACAUUUUUGAUAAGGGGAAAUUAUUAUUCCCGCAUUUGUAUCGACGAAUUCUAUUUUGCACAAAUACUCGAAUAACAUUUUACCAAAUCCGCCCGUCGACGGUAUUGUCAAAAAAAAAGUAACUAUUCCUACUGGAGCAGAUGCAAAUUAGAUUACUAUAAUUAUAUAAUCUUACGAGUUUUAAAUAUUUCCAACAUUCAUAUUUUUUAACACGAUUUAUUAAGUGUACAUCGAGCUAUGUAAAAGUUUUGUUGUAAACCAUCUGUUACACUUUACAUAUAUUCUUUCAGUAUUUUUAAACGAAUAGUACAAAACAGCGGUGAAAAAACUAUGAACGAAAUGAUAUAAUAAUGUAGUCGUUUUAAUUUACUGAUAGAAUAUACGUCAUGGUUCUUACAUUGAAUGUAUGUACAUAAUGCAAAUGGUGUGACAGAUAAAAAUGCACAGUUGUUGAAGUUUAAAGAAAAAAGAAAUGAAAAAAAUUGCGAACUAUAACAAUAGAAGUUACGAGUGUCUUCAAACAUGUAUUGCAUUUAAUUUUAAUACAUUUAGUAUAAAAAGUAGUAUUAGUAACAUGGUUCAUAACUGCAGACACUCAAGUAAUUCUUCUGUAUAUAGUACUAAAUCUAAGUGUGCAUUGUGAAUAUCACGUUAUACAUAUAUACAUAUAUAUAUUUUUUGUUAUGUACAUAUUAAUUUGCAAAGGUAUGUAUGUCCAGAACGUUUACGCUGUUUCACACAUUGAGAACAUACGUAAUUUUUGUCGUUUGUGUACUUGUGUUUAAAUUUUAUUGUGUUCACAAAGUAUUUAGUAAUCUAUUAUUAUUAUUAUUAUUAAAUUUAGUUAAAUGUUUUGUAGUCAUUUCUUGAAAGUCAAAACAUUGCACUGGAUGUUGAAUGGUGAAUUAAUGCAAUCGGUAGACAAAUAUAACAAUUAUUUAUAAUGUAAUACCAAAAGACUUAUAUUACGCUAAUAUAAUGUUUGUUUUUUUUUUCUAUAAAUAUUUGAAUGUAUGUUUUGAAAAAGUGAAUAUGAUCUGUUGUAUAGUAUAGGUUUAUUAAAAUUUUACGUUGUCUCUACACGAUGAUACAACAUUAUGUUUUGUUUCAAGUAAACAUUUUAUGUUUCUAAAUUUUCCAUAUUUUUACAGUCAUAGCUUUUAUACUUACAUCGUAUUUACACAUUUGAUUCAAGUGCUUGAUAACACGAAUGAACAUACACAUCAUAUCCUUCUAAACAAGUACAAAAUUUCAAUGAAAUUGACAUGUACUAUUUGAAAUAUUUUUCCAGUAAUUCGCUUAUUAUGAUUAUUAUUUAAUAAACAAUAUGCUUUUUCAUUUCUUACAGAGGGAUCGUUAAAAAGCCUGCAUUUAAGAAAAGUUACAUUAACGUGAUAUUUUAUGUUUUCAAAAAUGCAAUGUACACGCGUAUGUACAGUUAGUGCUGAUAUUAACGAUAAUUGCGAUUAAAUAUUUUAUGAAACGAAAAUAUCAAAACAUUCUGAUCCAGAAUUUUUAAAUAUUGCCUGCGAGUUCAUUCAAGUACAGAAUUAAUGUCGCCAGUGUAUUUUUGAUUGUAAAGCACCGCUGUGUAAUCCAUCUAUUAAGCUUUGCGAAUGCACACUACGUAAUUUAGGAGAAAUUGAAGUUUAAUACGUAAGAAUAUAGAAAUUAUCCGAUCAUACGAGAAAAUUUCAAGCCUGAAUGUAUCUCGCGAUGCAAAAAAUGAGUAAAUGUCUCAACCCAUUGUAAAAUGCUGCUCCUAUUCAACAUUGAAUUGGAUGACGCAAAUUCCUAUGAACAAACUAAAUGUUUGGUAAAACUUGGUGCCUUUUAUUUCAUACAAGAAAGAAACGAACAUUUUUUUACUGUACCUUGAUUAUACAAAGAAUCGAGGCCAAACGACCAAAAUGAAUUAAACAAAUAGUUAUACUCUUCCUUUAGGGCUUCUUCGUAAAACUAUUUUAAUUUUGAUAACUUUUUACUUUAAGAAGCUAGUAAGUUUUCUUAAAGUCGAAACAGACGAAUAUCAAAUGGAAGUUUGAUAUAAUAUGUACGUGCUAUACUUUGUAAAAAUAUUACAUUGAGAUCAUAUUGCUUCUUUUCUAUGUAUGCAAGUGAUUCUGUACAUGAAAAUUUCUUCCAAAUUCACAUUGCUAAUGAUCAUACUAAAGGGUACUAAAUGCUGGUCAAAUUUAUUACAUUGCGAUAUUCGCAAGUAGUUUUAACAAAAGAUAGGAUAUACGUUUAUUUAUUAUAUAAAACUAUAAUAUACUAGUCAAAUUUCAUAGAUUUAAGUCGAGAAACAGGGAUUGAGUAUCACACAGUACGUUGAUUAGUGGUUGCGCAUGUAUUAUUUGUGCAUGUGAACAGGAUAGACUAUUUCUAUAACUAUAAUGAGCUUAUACGUGUAAAAACUAUUGAUACCUAUGUGUACUUAGUGUAAGAAUGGCUUUUUAAGAACUUUCAUUUUUUUUUUUUCUUGCAAAUGAGAUCUCGUGCAACGUUGGCAAGUAUAAUUGAAUAUAGAAAUGCAUACUAAUGUAACGUAUUAUCAGAACAAAAUAUUUAAAAAUCAAAAUAAAAAAGAGGUGUCCUAUUAUUAUAACAAUGAAGUAAUUUGAUUAAGUGUUUGUAUGCAAUUCUAUAUUCAUUGAUGCUUGUUUUUACUUUGUACUCUUAGGUAGGAUCGCUGUUUGUAAGUUUCACGUAAUUAUUACAAGGUGCAAGAAAUUGUAGUCUUGUUGUUGAUGAUAAAAAGAUCAAACUUACCAUGGUUUCCUAUGUUGCGAUAGAAGACGGCCUUAAAAUAUUUCCAAUUGUAAGACAGAAAAAAAGAUUUACUAUGUUGUUAAAGAUGGACACUGAUAACGAACGAAACAAAAAAAUUAAGAGAUACUCUUGAAAGAGGAAAAGUAAAAGUAUCAUCGUUUCCCUUGUAUCUUAAAGAAAAUAUUUUGAUACCUCCAGAUUUGCACAAAUCGAGUGUCAUUCAUUACUGCUUAAAUAAGAUUAUUUUUACUGAAUGCAGCUCAAAACGAAAACAACUUAUAUAAAUUAUGUGAGGCAUAAAAAGCUCUAAAAACUGUGUGAAUGUGCGAAUUACGAAAAAAUAAUAAAUAUAUGUUUAAAACUUGUGAAGUUGUGUUUCUUUAUUUAACCGACGUAACAUUUUUAUUGCCAAAAUUGAUACUUUAAAUUUCGUCCGAGUAUUUUAUCUUCGUUCAAAUUUCGCGCUACGUGAUUGUGUAGACCCCGUAGCUUGGGGUGGCGUCACUGUUCCUCAGUAAGGUAACGCGCGCGAUCGGUAUUUGACACGGACAAUUCCAAAGAAGAAAAUUUCAUAAUUUUUUGUACAAAUUUUGUAAAAUAAUGCUUCAUUAUCACAAUUCUGUUUGUAAUUUAUUUCGGUAAAUGUGUGUGAAUGUGGAUAACUGUAAUUCUUAGUGAAAAGUGUAAAAAGUGCAAUGUGAAGACAACGACAGCAUGUACGCAGCAAUAAGAAUAGCUACAUACUUUAUGAGAGAAAAAUGGAACUACAAUCUGCUUCACCCCUACAUCUGAACCGACCGAACCUUCAACAGAUUGAAUUUGGCCGGAGGAGAUACGGCGCAGUUUCGGCAUCG